UUUGAAGCGUGUAGCGCAGCACUUUUUAAAAGUAUAAACAAUGCGUCCAUAAUCUCUUACACAAAUGAACAGUUUACGGUUUGGUUAAAAUGUCUAUUUUAUGAAACCGCGCUUAUUAACAGGCACUGGACUUUAAUGGUUAAUUGUUGACCAGUUCGGCCAUUUUUGUUUGUGGCAAAACCCUCAAACAGUUCUCGUGCAUUUAAAAUAAUAUUUCCGCAGGCUUUUUAAGCGAAGUGAGCAACUCUGGUGUUCUCUGUGAAUGUCCGGACUAUACGGACAUCUCCAUAGUCCCACAGACUAAAGAGUGAAAUGUUGCUGUGGUCUCAGGAGUUGCUGGUGGAGAAUGUCUCUUCACCUAUCUCCUAAUGUCUUUUUCCACUCUCCACUUUUUAUCUCUUCAUUCUCCACACUGUGCUCGGAGAAAGACUCUUGCUCUUAGUGGGAAGAUGUCCUAUGCAAUAAAAAGCACACAGAGUAGCAGUUUACCACUCUGGACUAGGCCUCAUCAGCUCCUCCUCCUGUCCUUAGGCUAUUUGUUCUGCUUCGGCCCUCCUGCUGGUGUAGAGGCCAGUCUGUGCAGAGUGGCAGGUGGAGUGUUGGGGAUUUCCUGUGGCAGUGUUAUUGGGCUGGGCUGGCGGCCGCUAGCUGUGGACCGUGGUGGGGCAAAGUGCUGGGAGUCGUGCUGCUUAGAGCCCUCCUGCAGUGCGGUGUGGAGUCUUGGGGGAUACUGCGUCCUGCUGAGGUGUUCCCGGGCUGAUGGCUGCUCCAUCACAUCGCUGCCGCAGCCACAUGUUCAGUCUCUGGGCCUCCUGCAGAUGCUCAGCAAGAACACAGCACAUAAGAUGAGAAGCCCCCGCCAGGCAGUGACUGCUGGAGUUAAUAAAGCAACAGAGUUGCAACACAGCAAUCAUGAUACGCAAGUCGCACAACCCUCCAAUCUGACGAGUGCAGUGACUGCUGUUGCUGGGGUGGCCCUCCAGGUGAUGGCCAAUAAAACAAUAACUGAGUUCACCAAUGGCAGCAGUGAAGAAGUGGUUCCCUCAGCUUCUUGGCAGAAUUCUACAUCACCAGACAACACUGUGGAUCAUUCAGCUUCCAACAGCAGUACGGACUUAACAACAGUCGCACCUCAAUCAUAUUCUUCCACCCCAACAGCUCCUGCUGUGAAGGAGCUGGUGGUGUCUGCUGGCAAGAACGUGGAGGUCACUCUGCCGCGCAAUGAAGUGGAGCUAAAUGCGUUUGUAGUGCCAGCGCCACCUCCAGGGACUAAUUAUGACUUUAACUGGCGUUUGAAGACCCACCCCAAAGACUACAGUGGAGAAGUUGAAGGGAAACAUAGCAAGACACUCAAACUAAGCAAGCUUACUGUGGGUCUCUAUGAGUUUGAGGUCAUAGUGGAUGGUGAUGGUGCACAUGGAGAAGGCAACGUCAAUGUUACAGUCAAACCAGAGCCAAGAGUGAAUAAGCCGCCUAUUGCUGUGGUAUCGCCAAAGUACCAGGAGAUCUCCUUGCCAACCAGCUCUACUGUGAUCGAUAGCAGCCAGAGCACCGAUGAUGAUAAGAUAGUAGCGUGGCACUGGGAAGAGGUGAAGGGGCCCCUCCGAGAGGAAAAGGUCUCAGCAGAUACAGCCAUUCUUACCCUUACUAACCUUGUCCCAGGCAACUACACUUUUAGUCUCACAGUGACUGACUCAGAUGGAGCUCAGAGCUCAACCCAAGCCAUGCUGUCAGUCAACAAGGCAAUGGACUACAGGCCUGUAGCCAAUGCUGGACCUAAUCAGGUCAUCACUCUGCCGCGCAACUCUAUCACUCUCUAUGGCAACCAGAGCACAGACGAUCAUGAGCCUCUGGCUUAUGAAUGGUCCCUCAGCCCAGAGAGCAAGGGCAAGGUGGUGGAGAUGCAGGGAGUACGGACCCCUACUCUACAGCUGUCUGCUAUGCAGGAGGGAGACUACACUUUCCAGCUCACCGUCACGGAUUCAUCUGGACAGCAGGACACAGCUCAGGUCACUGUCAUUGUGCAGCCAGAGAACAACAAGCCCCCUGUAGCAGAUGCAGGACCAGACAAAGAACUGACGCUUCCUGUGGAUCACACUACCCUGGAUGGCAGCAAAAGCACCGAUGACCAGAAAAUAGCCACUUAUCAUUGGGAACAGACCAAGGGCCCAGAAGGAGUGAAGAUUGAGAAUGCAGACAGUGCUGUUGCCACUGUGACAGGGCUACAAGUGGGGACAUACACGUUCAUGCUGACGGUGACGGAUGAGAGGGGUCUGCAGAGUUCUGACACGGUCACUGUGAUUGCCCGUGAAGAGCUUGACCAACCACCUGUGGCCAGAGUGCAGUCCAGCCCACCAGUCACGUUACCUGUCCGUACAGCAGUCCUAGAUGGCUCCCAUUCCUCUGAUGAUAAGGGAGGGAUCAGUUUCCUCUGGACUCGGGAUGGCAGUAGCCCAGCAGCUGGGGAUGUCCUGAAAAAUUCUGACCACCAGGCAGUGCUGUUUCUCGACAACUUGGUGGAGGGCAAGUACAGUUUCACUCUGACUGUGACAGACAGCAAGGGCCAGAGCAGCACUGACCGAGGCACUGUGGAGGUCCGCCCAGAUGUGUGGGAACGGGACCUUGUGGAGCUUGUGCUGGAAGUGGCUGUGUCUCAGGUGUCCCACAGGCAAAGGGAUAUGCUGCUUAGACAGGUGGGUGUCCUGCUGGGAGUACUGGACAGUGACAUCACCGUGCGAGAGAUCAACGCCUUUAACGAGCACAGCACUCGUUUAGUAUUCCUGGUGUCAGGAGGACCCGGGCGGCCUCCUCUGUCUGGUCACAGUGUUGCCACGAGUCUGCGUAACAAACUGCGCAAGCAAAAAAAUGACUUCCUUAUCUUCAAAGCGCGGCGGGUGGACACAGUCGUCUGCCAGCUGAACUGCUCCAGCCAUGGUGAGUGUGACUCCUUUACCCGCCGCUGUGUGUGUCACCCUUUCUGGAUGGAAAACUUCAUCAGAACUCAGCUGGGGGAUGCAGAGAGCAACUGUGAAUGGAGUGUUUUAUAUGUGACAAUAGCAUCGUUCAUGAUAGUGGUUGCCCUGGCCACUCUGGUCUGGGGGCUGGUGUGUUGCUGUAACAGACGCAAAGGAAAAGUUAGACGGAAAAGUAGAUAUAAAAUACUUGAAGGAGAUGACCAGGAUAGCAUGGAAUUACAUCCACAUAGAGCAGGCCGUCUGAAGCAAGUCCCUGCUCCCACUUCGUCUGCUCUCAUGCACUCAGACUCAGAACUGGACAGUGAUGAUGGCCAGGCUGGUGUCCCCUGGACUGACCGAGAGCGGGGCCAACUCCUGCGACCCCAAAAUGGGUCCCUGCGCAAUGGUCAAGGGCCGCACAGAGCCAAAAAACAGAGGGAGGAGCUGCUAUAGCGACAUCCAAACCCUGUUUUAUUUCACAUGGACUUUAUACCCCACACUCUGGCCAUGUCACAUAGAAGACUCAUAGUAGUGUCUGUGGAGAGAUCUUUGAAGACUGAAAGCUAGCAUCUCCCACUGCCGGCCCAAACUGAAUCUCUGCCCAAUCUGAGCCAGAAGACACGUGUGAUUCAAUACUAAGGCAAGCACUGUCUUUAUCCUGUAAGAAAAAAAAUCAGUAAUGUGGAGUCAUCUAUGCCCAGAGUCAAUGAGAAUGUAUUAGCUACUUCAGAAGGAGUCAUAGAAUAGGUGAAAUGGGAGAGUGCUGUUUGAAAAAAACAACCAAGUUCCUCUCUGAGAGAGACCCAAGUGGCAUGUCACAAAGGUAAUUGAGCCAAACCCAUUACCGCUAAGUUUUGUAAACUGGUGGUCUGUGCUUCUAAACACUGCCUUGAACACCCCCAAACUAGACCGCUUUCCUACACUUGUGGCAAUAGUGCAGUCGAAGAGCACUGUCCUCAGCGCUGCACCCAUCUCUGCCAAGUUGUAUGAGUGUGCACGUAUGAUUGUGCUGUGCAAGAUUUAUUUUACUGGAAAUAACGCAUGCAUUAUCAGGUUGUGUAUGUGUGUGUGCUAUUUUUGUCUGUAGGGCCUUUUUGGUGAAAUUUGCUUUUUCACACUUAGGUUUAUCAACCUCUUUGCUACUCAAAUCACCAGCAAACAAAAGUGAAGUCUGCUUAGCUUUGUUUGUGAAUGUUAAGAGGAGCAUUUUCGCACUUAAAGGAAUAGAAUGUGUUUUUUGAUGGCUUGUCUCACACUGGAAAAAUCACUGGAAGUAACACUGGACCUCACCUCUCUUUGGCCCUCAGCUUUGUGUCUAAGCUUCUGCAAGAUGGACACAAGAGAAAACAAAAACCUGAGCUUGACUCUUAACCCAAGACUAUUUGAACCUUGUUGACCACUUUGAUGUCUUGUCUGAUUUUAGUUUUCUUUUAACUGGUCACUUGAUCUCUUGCACUUUGUUACACAAACUACUCAUCUGCCCUCACUGGUUGCUUUCUGAAACAUGCUGAUGCUCAUUAGUCAGUUUAAGAAUGCCUUUGAUAAAGGCUUUUGUGAUAAUCUGUGUUUGAUAGACACUUCUUUUUCCAUCGCUCCUCUUCUCGUCAUGACUGACGAAUGAGUGUAUUUUAACUGGACUACUUGAAUGGAGUGUCCACAAGUCAGGAUGUUGUUGGGUGAGAGCUGAAUCAAUGAAUGAGCCCCUUUUUUUGUUAUUUGAUCCAAUUACAUAAAUAUGAAUGCCUUCCUCACAAAUGCAUGAAUGGGUGAUGUAGACCCUACUGAGAGCAGAGGGAAGAAAAAUCUGAGGAUUUUCCUCAUUUUAAACUCCUUGUUUUUAAGUGAAGGACUCCCUGUUCUAUGUGACUCAAUCACAUGAAACUGGAUUAUCAUUAAAUGAAAGUCAAGAAA